AUGGGAGAAUCCGGUCACUCGCCCGCCCUUGUGGGCAAGCACUUCAUCAUGAACUACUACACGAUUCUGCACGAUGAGCCGCAAUCGCUGUACAAGUUCUACAAGGAUGACUCCGUCUACAGUUUCGGCACCGAGGGGGAACCCCUCUCGCCCGAAUCCACCGUCACUGGCCAAUCGAACAUCAACGAGAAGAUUGCUUCGCUGGGCUUCAAGAAGAGCAAGGUCCAUCUCUCGGUCAUGGACGCUCAGCCCACUCUCGGAGGUGGAGUGUUGCUCAUGGUGAAGGGUACCAUCACCAAUGAGACUGGCAACGCACCCUCGCCGCGCAAGUUUGUCCAGACCUUCCUCCUCGCCCAGCAGCCCACUGGCUACUAUGUCCGCAACGACAUCCUCCGCUACCUUGCCGAGGAGUCGGCCAAGACUACCAGCGCGGUCCACACCCAAACCGAGGCCGCCCCUGUUGUGGAGAAGCCCAAGGAAGCCGCCGAGACCAAGCCGGCCGAGCCCGAGCAGCCCGCUGCCACCUCCGUCGCCGCUCAGCAGUCCACCCCUGCCACCCCCGUUCCCGAGGCUGCCCAGGAGGAGACCAAGCCCCAGGAGCCGGAGCAGCCCAAGGAAGCUGCCGCCCCUGCCCCCGCUGCGGUCGAGGCGGAGCCCAAGGAGACCCCGACGCCUGUCGCCGCUGUCACCCCCGCUCCCGCGGCUGCUGCCAAGGAGACCCCUGUUCCCGUCGCCGCUGUCACCCCGGCCGCUGCUGCUCCCAGCGCUGCCGGCAAGGCAAGCCCCGCGGCCAAGCCCGCUCGCGCUCCCCAGGCCGGUCGGGGUAAGGGCAAGGACGACAAGGCCCGCACGCCCGCCUCGCCCGCCGCCGCCGCUACGGAGACCGCCGCUGCCGCUGCGCCCGCUGCCAAGGCCGAGCCGGCCCCGGUCGACAACAGCUGGGCCGCCCUCGCCGCCCGCAAGAAGGACGUCCCGGUCACGCCCCUCGCCGCUCAGCCCCGCGCCGCGCCCAAGGUCGUCAAGAAGGCCGCGCCCGCCGCUGGCGACGAGUCCUCGGCCACCGGCGCCGCUACUCCCGCCAAGGAGGGAGAGACCGCUGCGCCCGCCGCUGAGCAGUCGCCGGCCGCGCCCGCCGACAAGAAGGUGGUGUCCGACCCCAACUCGAUCUACGUGAGCAACCUGCCCUUCGCCGCCAAGCAGACCCAGGUGACCGACGCCUUCAAGGGCUUCGGCAAGAUCGUCUCCGUGUCGAUGCAGAACGACAAGGGCUACGCCUUCAUCGAGUACGACACCGUCGAGGCCGCCCACAGCGCCAUCAAGCUCGCCACCGAGAACCCCAUCUCGAUGGACGGCAGAGUCCUGAGGGUGGAGGAGAGGAAGACCAAGCGCGGCGGCAGCGGCGUCGGCGGACGCAAGGUGCCCGGCGGCGGUCGUCCCACCGGCAGCGACAGGGGCGACCGAGUCCCGCGCGGCCCGCGCCCCGAGGGCAAGGACAGAGCGGCCGGCUCCCCGCGCCCCAACGGCAGCGACAGGAGGGACCGCGCGCCCAGGAGCGACAAGCGCGCGCCCGGCACCGGCUCGCCGGCCGUCGGUCGUCCCGCUGCCGGAGGCCCCUCGUCCGGCGGCCCGCCCAGGCGCCCGGCUCCCGCUGCGGCCACUGCUGCUUCGGCCCCGGCCGCCGGAGGAGCUGCUGCCGGCAAGAAGUAA